AUGCUAGACAAUGAAAGACCCGCUUUAGAAGUUUUCAAGGCUCAGCUAAUCGCUGAUUUGCAUGAAGAUUACAACAGUCGAUUUGAAGCGGGAGGGCCUCUUUGUGAUGAAGAUAUCUUUGGUGAAGAAGAGGCCAAUGCCAUAGUUUCCUAUAUGCAUCAUAUCCACACACCAAAUGAUAUUCGAGGUAUAAUCGGAGGCCAAUGUUAUGAAGGCCAACUUACGUGGCUGUUCAAUCAAAUCACCAAGUUCAAGAUUUCUCUGGAGGGCGACACUGUCUGUGGAAGAGCGGCACCGAAGAGGUUGAAGUUAUCACUGCCAUUGGUUCAGACACCUUCCAAAAAGGGAGCACCAAAAGCCAAGUCCGUGGCAUCAAAGAGCGGACCAAGGCCACCAACAAAGAAAGAGCUGGCAGCUGAAGCAAGCCACCUACGAUCUGUUGAGAAGAAAGCUCAAAAAGAAAUGCAGUUGGUUUCAGAAAAAAAACGCAAGGACCAGAUCGCUCAGUUCAUGAGGGAAGCCUUUGAGAAGGCAAAAAGGGAUAAAGGAGAGAUAUCUGAACAGCACACAGGAAAUGCAAGACAACAAGAAGCCUUAUGA